AUUGGCUAUUGAAUUGAUGAUUCACAUGGACAGUCUAAAGACGAAUAAGAAAACUCCAACAACAGUUCAAGAAGAAAAGAAAGAAAGAAACCAUAUAAAGCAUAAGAUUCCUAUUCGUUCUCGUUUAAGUUGGUGGUGGUUGAAAAUAAGAAGAAUAGAUACUGAAUACUUUUCUUGGUUAUUGUUGUCUCUGUUAUCGAUAGCUUCCAUAUUGUUACUCAUCUACUUGGCUUCUACUGUUCAAAAUGAGCCUCAAAUAAGGAUGAAGAAUAAUAGCAAAGUUCAAGUAUUGGACUUUGAUAGUUAUUCUUCGGUUGUAUAUUCUUCAGAUAAGGAUGUUGUGUUGUUUAUUUUUACAACUUGGUGUGGACACUGUUUAGACUUUAUUCCUCAAUAUAUGGAACUUGCUUCCAAUCUAUCUUAUAUAGAAGACUUGACUUUUGCAGCUAUACAACCAAGAGAUAUGCCACCUAUUGCUAGGAAAUUGGAUAUCAGUUCUUUUCCUGUUUUCUAUUUGUUUUUGCGUGGACAAAAAGAUUCGCCUAUUCGGUUUUAUGAGCAAACACAAGGAAUGACCAUUCAAGAAUUUAUUUUCUAUCAGAAACAAAUCUUUGAUGAUAUCGCGUAUUCAAAAUAGUCAACUUUAUGUAUAUCAGAAUGAAAAACCUUUUGGAUAU